AAUAAAUAAAUUGGAAAACAAAAUUGAAUUGAAUGACAUAUGUCAAUAUAAAACGUCGGAAUCUAUUGAAUAAAGCAGAUAAAGCAUCGUACAAAAUGAUUACAGAAUAUGAUUUACACGGAGAAGACGAAGGAGUUGUGCAAGUUCCCAAUUUUGAACAAGAAUUCUCUAGCGCCAAAACAUUUUUGCAAACUGCGAGUGCACAUACCGGAGAUAAUUUAUAUGAUCAUCUAACAGACGUGUUGAAUAAGAUUCUCGCCGAGAGACCCGAAAAUGUUAUUGAUUUCUUUGAAGAAUAUAGCAGAAAAGUCAAGGAAAGGCGAUUCACACCUAUGACCGAUCACUUGGAAGAUAUUUAUGUAUCUCCAGGAAGAUUGAGUUUAGCCAAUAAAAUAUUACCGAUGAUGAAACCCCUCCCGCCAAGGGAACCGUCAACUGUGGAUCCUGAAGAUUUGGAAAUUGCUGAUAUCUCAAAAAGUAAUAUGCUGGAACUCCUUUAUUAUUUUGAACAUUGUGGAAUUGGUUUGCCGCGACUAGAAAUGUUUUUUAUUAUGUUAUCCAUAAGGAAUUUGAUUCACAGUGAAUCUAUCGCAUUUAUCAGAUUUUGGGGUAAAAUCUUUGGUACUCUCAAAGAUUACCUCAUUGUAGAAUGUGAUCUCAAGGAAGAAGAGUACAUUAAAAGAAAUGAGUCAUACCAAGAAAAAAAGGAAGAGAUUCUAGAACAGACCCAAGAGGAUGUUACUGAGGACAAUCGUAUAACCGAAGCUUUGAAUGAGAUAGCAAGGCAACAACAGUUAACUGGCGAGGGAACGACAAGCAAAUAUCCACGACCUCUGCCACCUUUACCGUUGGUACAAUUUGAAGAGCCUCCCGAACCACCUUCAGAACCAUCUGGUGUUGGAGUAAAUAAGAAGGUAUACUAUGUUUGUAACGGUAUUGGAGAACCAUGGACACAGUUGCCAGAUUGUACACCCAAGCAAAUUCGCAUUGCGCGACAAAUUCAAAAAUCAUUCACCGGAAAUUUAGAUGAAUCCAUAUGUUCCUAUCCAUAUUUUCCAGGGAAAGAAAAAGAGUACUUGAGAGCUCAAAUUGCCAGAAUAUCUGCAGGUACUCAGAUAUCUCCCAUGGGAUACUACACUUUCGGUACUGCAGAACUAGGGGAAGGAGAGGAAGAAGAAGAACCGGAAGAAGCCGCAGAAGGAGAAAGUAAGACCAACUAUAAGCCAAAUCCCAAGUAUGAACCACCGCCACUCAAAGAUCUUCUAGAUGGAUCCAUGUCAUUCUGGGUUCAUCAUACACUUUAUAUUUUGCCACAAGGUAGAACUUCGUGGUGGAAUCCCAGCCCAACGCCUGAAGUAAAUGAAGAGGAGAUGGAGGAAGAACUCGGAGAAGAAGAAGAACAAGAUAAAACGAAAGUUGAACGGGUUGAACCAGAAACAGGACCUCCACUAUUAACUCCUUUGUCUGAAGAUGCCUCCCUAGAAGCGGUACCGGCCUGGAGUGUGAGAUCUUCAUCUAAUAUAAUCGAUAACUUUGCAAUUGCGAUUGUCAGAAGCAACUUAUGGCCAGGAGCUUACUGCUUCUCGACUCAAGGGAAAAUAUUUCAAAAUGUUUAUUUAGGUUUUGGCCACAAAUACAUGGAACAUAAUUUUUCCCCAUUACCGUUACCUGAUGUACAACAGGAAUAUCCUAUAGGUCCAGAAGUUUUGGAAGUAAUUGAUCCUACGGGGGCUGAAGAAGAACGGUGGCGUAUAGAUCAUUUACCCAAACCCAAACCUGUCAUACCUGUAGGUGAGGAAGCUGAACCGGAAGAACCUGAAGAAGAGGAAGAGGAAGAAGAAGAUGACUAAACUGAAGUCUUUGCUUUUUUAAGUAUUACCUAAAAAAUGUUCAUAUUUUUAUAUAAAAAAUAUUUGUUCAUAAAUGUAUAAUUGUUUAAAUUGAUAUACUUCAAUGAUUAUCGUUAUUACAUAUAAAUCAAUACACACA